UAACCGCUCGGCUGAGUUGCUCUCCAGGCUGGAGUCGCUCGCUUCACUCGCACGUUGGCCGUGGGUCGUUGGAGGAACUCCGGUGGAUUUUGGUGCUUUUUGUUUUUGUCCCAGAAAAGCUUCCGUUUUCUUGUCUCUUUUUUUGUUGUUGGUGGAAUUAAAAAAAAAAAAAAAAAAGAAGAAAACCUCGAGCAAGGUGGGGGAAGAAGGUUCCGUCACUUUUCUGUGCCGCUUUUAUUGCGAUCGACAUGAAGAAACGCGGAAUAAAGCGUUCAAAGUGGCUGAAGGACUGAGGCUGCCUCCUGCUCUCACUCCACCAAGCACCAGCAGAGCUGCGAUGGCCAAGUGGCUGAAGGACUACCUGAGCUUUGGCAGCAGGAAGGUGCCUCCGCAGCCGCCCACUCCCGACUACACCGAGAGCGAGAUCCUUAAAGCCUACCGGCUCCAGAGGGACAUGGACUUCGAGGAUCCCUAUGAGGACUCAGAAAACAGGUCCAGAGGCGAGUCUGGGACCUCUGACCCCACCACACCUGUGUAUGGGUCUCCCAUGAAGUCAUCCACUGUGGACGUGAAAUCUCCCAAACACAGACUGAUCAAAGUGGACUCCCAGGAGCUGGGGCGCACCAAGAUCCUCCUCAGUACUGUCUCUUUAGAGGACCAGCAAGAGCCUGUGGUGCCGUCUGCUCCAUUGGCCGGCGAAACGGAUUACUCUGACCCAUUCGACGCUCGCAUGGACCACAGGCCAGAACCAGAUCUCAGACCUGUUCCCUGUGAGAACAACGGCUACAUGGAGCCCUAUGAGGCCCAGAGGGUCCUAACAGAGCUGCAGCGCGGUCCAGGAGCAGGGCGGUCACGGGGCGGGGUGCAGCUCUACGAUACCCCCUAUGAAGAUGAGCGAGGCCAGCGCUCGUGUCUGUUGUACGGAGAACCUCAGGAGGAGAGCAAGGAGAGCAGCAGGCUGCCGCAAGACGACGAGAGACCGGCGGAUGAGUACGACCAACCCUGGGAGUGGAAAAAGGAUCACAUCUCCAAAGCUUUUGCAGUGCAGUUUGAGGGCGCAGAGUGGGAGCGCUCCUCGUCGACCACAGAGCGGUUGCGUCCACCGGGUCCGAGGUCCAGCCCGCUCGCAGGAGGGGGGAUGAAGUUUCGAAUGCCGCAGGAAUGCCUCGCCAUGGUGGGGGAGAGAGUGGACCCCACUCUGCCUCUGGAGAAGCAGGUAUGGUACCACGGUUCGUUGUCGCGUUCGGAGUCAGAGUCGCUGCUGACGCUGUGUAAAGAAUGUAGCUACCUGGUGAGGAAUAGUCAGAACAACCGCUCUGACUACUCCCUGUCCCUUCGGAGCUGCCAGGGUUUCAUGCACAUCAAGUUCACCCAGUAUAAAGACGGCAAGUACGUGCUGGGACAGAACAGCCCUCCCUUUGACACCAUCCCAGAAGUCAUCAACUUCUACACCACACACAAACUCCCGAUCCGAGGCGCCGAGCAUCUGUCCUUGCUGUUCCCCGUGCUGGUGCAGACGCUCUGACACUCCUCCUCCUCCUGGGCCACUGGGACGUCGUUGUGAUCGGACACGUAAAGCUUGAUUGUUUGAUGGGAUCUUCCCAGCCGAGUGCCCGCUCUCACUUCUUGCUGGAACGGACUAAAAGAAGAGAGAACCGGAUUACUUUUGAUGACUCGACACGCCCGGGGGGCUGAUGCCCUCACCCACCACUGCUGUUGUAAUUGUGCCACGUGUCUCUAACAUCCAGGGGUUCGAUUGACAUGAAAUGCAACACCUGAACAGGCAGUAUUUGCCAUAACUCUCUCUCUCUCUGUCUCUCUCUCUCUCUCUCUCUCCUCUCUUCUCUCGUCUCUCUUUCUUUCUUUGUCUUUCACAGCUGACUGAAAUGCAGAGCUGCAGCUGGGAGCAAGUCUGAAUGUACUGAUGCCCCAGUUUCUGGGAGAUUUAGAUUUAAUUACUGUUGUUCCAAAAACAAAAACAUCUCAUCGACACUGGUUUAAAAAAAUAUAUAUAUAUAUUGCUGGUGACAAUCUCACUAGUCAUAUUUAGCUGAUUGUUCAUGUUUGUAUGAAUCAAUUGAGUAAAUUGCACUGUAUGAGAUGAGGAAAAUCUUUUUUUCAUCCUCGGGUUUAGGAGACCCUGUUGUAAAUGUUGGAAAAUUCACAUUUUCCAUGAAAGAACAAAAACAAAUGCUAUUUUCAGAAAUAUAAUGUUUUUACCAACAGCAGUUAUAUUUCGGAUGCUUUUCUACACAAAGCUACACCUGCUGAUCUUCAGCCAGUCUGUCCUGCACUGUCAUGCUGCUGUACGUUGAGGGUUUGCUUGACACCUCUCCAUGUUCGUUGAUGGUUGUUCCUCGAUACCUGUGUUGACCUCGCUGACCUGGAUCUCUUGUUUGCAACCUGUCACUGCUGUCAUUGUCUUCUCACAUACUUAAGUGUAAGAUUGUAGGCUGAAGCAAAGAGAUGCAGAAACACUGAACACUCUAAAACAAACUCUCCAACCUUGUGACUUUUGGCCGCGUUCUCACACUUUUCUUGUAUUUGAGCGCAGCUCUUUCAGUCGGCCAAGUCCUUACAGGCUGGUUGGUGAGUUGUACGCUUGCCAUCUGGAAUGGGUUCCCAUGUCUGCUGCCUGGUUGCAGCAUUGUGUGGCAAAAAUUGAUUUUUAAAGGAGUGCCAACUUCCACCAAACACUUUAUGACCAUUAAAAAUGGGGGGGAAAUGAUUUGCAUAAUUUUGUUCUUAAUCUAAAAAUGUUCUGGGUUGUUUUUUCAUUAUUCUUAUGGCAAGUUUCUGUCGCUAAUAAAAAGAUGACAGGAUGUAUAAUG